UAAGCCACUGACAAACUCCAAGGGGACCGUCCCAGUGCGUUCUCUGAUUUCGAUGUGAACGGUACUCUCUUAAAAUCCCAACGGUCCGAUAUUUCACAUUAUCAACAAAACUUUUACACACACUCGAACCCUCCACCGAAAAAAUAACUCACUCCGUCACAGAAGAAUUUGGACGUUAAAAAUCCAACGACUUUCGUUUCAUCAUGUCGAUCAAGGUUGUGUCCAUUGUGGGUUUGUUGAUGGCUUGCUGUUUGGUUACCAUGGCCCAGGAAAGCGGGGAUCGGACGGCCAAAUCACGAGUCUCGGAUGACCAAUUAGACAUUGCUUUGAACGACCAGCGUUAUCUGAGACGUCAGAUCAAAUGUGCUCUCGGGGAGGCGCCCUGCGAUCCGGUUGGCCGUCGUCUCAAAAGUUUGGCUCCUUUGAUACUUCGUGGUUCGUGCCCUCAAUGCUCGCCCGACGAGACUCGUCAGAUCAAGAAAGUUAUCGCUCACAUACAGCGAGUCUAUCCAAAGGAGUGGGCGAAAGUGGUCAAGCAAUACGCUGGCGCUUAACUUCACGAUCGAGAAGGAAACGGCGAGAGGGAGGGAGGAAGGAAAGUGUGAAAAAAAACGAUUAUUCUCACGAGCGGAUAAGGAUUGACGGAGGAAAAUCAAGCAGAAAGAAGACGCAAAUCUCAAUUCUAUUCCACUCAUCAAUUUUCACACUAAUUAUUUAUUAUUUAUUAUCAUGUUUUUAUUACUCGUUUUAUCAUAUUGCGGAUGUUGUUGUGUUUAGUUUUCACGGAACAAUAAAUAUUGUUAGUGGGCCAAAAAAAA